AUGGCAUCAAAGAACAAGACCAUGUCCGACAUACACGAUGAUCUCGCCCCUCAGCCUUGCAAGAAAAAGGCCCGAGUCCACAGCCCCGAGAAGACCUCAAACGGCCAUACUGGAAAUUCGAAUGACCCAGACUCUCUAGCCAAGACCACUAAGAAUACUUUGCCCCGUCAGACCAGGGACCACCCCAAGCAGGGCUGCAAGAGAGAUGACUCCAAGAUCCCAGAGAACCAAGGCCAGCUGAAAUUCACCACAUGGGGUUCAUUCACGCCCAACAAUGAGAUUUUGCCAAGCAUCGUCGACGAUAUUGCCUACGACGCAGAUGAUGAGAGUGACAUCAAGUUCAUGGAUGCCGAGACUUACUACCAGACCGAGAGGGCUCAGCGUAUGAUGAUAUACCGCUGCAACCAGGUCGAGAUCGAUGCUAGUCACGAGUCUCCUUCGACAGAUACCUCUGGCUCGUCUAUGGAGUGGGAGCCUCUCUGCAGCCAUCUGGAGACCAUUCCAGAAGAAGACUCGGAGCUUUCUGAAUCUUCUGUGGCCGACGACUGGGUCUGGCCCGAACGCGUGGACACAUCCGAGGGUCUCGAUUUUCACUUCAACUAA